AUGGGGGCCUCUAACAAUGCUCCGCCCCUGACAUCCCCUACCAGGACCCCUCCCGUGGAGCCGGAAUGGGAUCCUCUCAACCUGGCGGACGAGUACUACGAGGAGUACGAUGUGGACACUCUGCCAGAUGUGGAUAAUUUGGGAGACCAUGGCGAGGAGAUACACGAAAUUCCUGUCGACCCCGCCCGUGUUAAUUUAUCCACUCCUGCUCCUGUGGAUGUUACCACCCGCGGGCGCUGGACUCCAUCCGAGAUGAUGCAGCUGGUGCAAGCUCGUGUUGAUCUUGAGCCGCAGUGGGACCUCAUGCGCGGGAUACAGGGCGCAAACUACUGGUCUACGCUUCACAGCCAGCUGCUGCAGCAGCACCCCCAUUUCCGUCACAUGCAAGGCGCCUGCAAAAUCAAGCUCCUGCGCAUUGAGGCACAGUACCGGCAGAUUCGUGACAGGAUGAAGCGGGGUGGUGGCGCUGCAGUCCGGGUCCUCCCUGCAUGGUACACGCUGUUUGAUACUUUCCGCGACAACAGGCCAUCUGUGCAGCCACACCAUCACACUACCAGCGGUGGCCCUACCACGACGCAUACCACUGGCACACUGGUGGACCGCUUCGGGCAGGUGGGCGCACAGGCGGGGGAGCAUCAGCCGCGAAUGCUUCUGUUGAAGCUACUAUUCGGGCUGCUAGCACCGGUGGUGGUUCUGCACGUGUGGCUUCAACUCCACGUCGACCCGUCCCGACCCCCUCCGUAG